AAUAUGGGACCAAGUAAACCAAUCUCCCAGCCAAGGCGAAAUAUUGUAGGCUGUAGAAUACAGCAUGGGUGGAAAGAGGGCAGUGGGCCAAUAACCCAGUGGAAAGGAACAGUUCUGGAUCAAGUACCAGUGAAUCCCUCCCUCUAUCUUAUAAAGUAUGAUGGAUUUGAUUGUGUCUAUGGACUUGAGCUUCACAAGUAUGAAAGGGUGUCUGCUCUUGAAGUUCUACCAAACAGAGUUGCCUCAUCCCGAAUCAGCAAUGCCCAUUUGGCUGACACAAUGAUUGGUAAAGCAGUGGAGCAUAUGUUUGAAACAGAGGAUGGUUCCAAGGAUGAGUGGCGAGGGAUGGUAUUAGCACGAGCACCUAUUAUGAAAACAUGGUUUUAUUAUUAUGUAACCUAUGAAAAGGACCCAGUCUUAUAUAUGUAUCAACUUUUAGAUGGCUAUAAGGAAGGAGAUCUACGGAUCAUGCCAGAUUCAAAUGAUUCCCCUCCAGCUGAAAGAGAACCAGGGGAGGUUGUGGAAAGCCUGGUGGGCAAGCAGGUGGAAUAUGCCAAAGAAAAUGGCUUAAAAAAGACUGGCAUGGUUAUUCAUCAAGUUGAAGCUGAACCAUCUGUGUACUUUAUUAAGUUUGAUGACGAUUUCCAUAUUUAUGUCUACGAUUUGGUGAAGACAUCCUAA